UGAACACGAAGUGCUUUAGAUGAAAAUUAACUCUUUUUCCUGUUAAGGAGUUAUAAAAUCCCAAGUAGGUUCAUUUUACAUUUGUUUAAAAUGCGACGAGGUUGGGGAGGCCGUUAUCGAAAUAACUGGUAUCGUCCUCGUGGUAAAAGUACCUGCAAUAAUUCUACCACCCCAAAUCGAAGCGUAAAUCAACCUUCAACAUCACGACAGAUAUCGCAAAAUUCAGUUGCAUCUUCUCGGGCACCGGCGAAUCAAAUACCUUUGGUAAUACCUAUAAGUAAAGAACAUCAAAAUGACACUUGGAAAUUAUAUUUCCCGAACGAAGAAGAAGCAAAUAACCCGGAUACUUUAAAACAUGCCAACUGCUUCAAGGCGUUUAUUCUUAAAAACAGGAGUUUAUUUGAUUUGGAAAAGAUUGACCAAUCACGUAGUGUGCCACUUGAUAUGCAAAUGAUGAUAGAAGAUAUGGAUUUCAAUACUAAUUGGCCAUCUUUUCAAAAUGAUUUAUUUGAAAUGCCUGAAAAUACAUUACAUCUACUUGAGUAUUGCUUACAUGAGAAUCUGAAGUGUGAAUCAAAAAUCAAAGUGAGAAUAUUAAACCAUCAACCUGUCAUACCUAUAGCUAAUUUGAAAGUGAAUUACUUUGGAAAAUUAGUUACUAUAAAAGGUACGGUUAUCAGAGUUGGUAGCGUUAGUCUUAUUUGUACUUCUAUGGCAUUUGAAUGUAACAGUUGUCACAAUAUACAAGUUGUCAUACAACCACAAGGAAUAUUCACAGCUCCAAAUUUCUGCCAAAGCUGUCAAAGUGGGCACAAGUUUGAACCGCUGCAAUCAUCUCCCUUCACCAACACAACUGAUUGGCAAGUGGCCAAAAUACAAGAGAUUCAAUCACAGAGUGUCUCCGGAACUAUACCAAGAAGUGUUGAAAUAGAACUACAGGGUGAUUUAGUUGGUACAGCAUGCCCGGGGGAUGUGCUCUCUGUUACUGGAAUUGUUCAGGUGCGUGGAGAGAGCAAGGGAGGAGAGGAUGGUAGAAGGGCGGCGAGACUCUUACAAUUAUAUAUAGAGGCAGUCUCAAUACAUAGUCAAAGAAAUCUAAGUAACCCUACUCUAUCUUUUACAUUGAAAGAUUAUUAUGCUAUACAGGAAAUUCAUGCAUCUGAAGAUGUAUUCAGAUUGUUGGUACAUUCAUUGUGUCCGGCGAUAUUUGGACAUGAGGUGGUGAAGGCGGGUCUGAUACUGGGUCUGUUGGGUGGUACUGAGGACGAGGGGGGGACCAGACCACACCCCCAUGUGUUGAUAGUUGGGGACCCAGGACUUGGGAAGUCGCAGCUAUUGCAAGCAGCAGCACAUGCGGCACCGAGAGGCGUGUAUGUGUGCGGGGCUUCUGCGUCGGGCGGCGGGCUGACGGUGGCGCUGGGUCGCGAGCCGGGCGGGGACUUCGCCCUCGAGGCGGGCGCGCUCGUGCUCGCCGACCAGGGUGUCUGCUGUCUCGAUGAACUGGAUAAGAUGGGGUCUCACCACAGCAGCCUGCUGGAGGCGAUGGAGCAGCGGCGUGUGAGUGUGGCCAAGGGCGGGGUGGUGUGCAGCUUGCCCGCGCGAGCCACACUCCUCGCCGCCGCCAACCCCGCCGCCGGCUCAUACAACAGAGCUAAAACGGUUGCUGAAAAUCUAAAGCUGAAUUCGGCUCUACUGUCAAGAUUUGAUUUGGUUUUUAUUUUGUUGGAUCAACCAGACGAGAACUUAGACGCAAUGUUAUCGGAACAUGUUUUAGCGCGGCAUGCUGGUAGAGGAAACUCAGCGAAGAGUUGUAGAGCUAAUCUUAAUACUGAUGCGAGUCAAAAUGAUCAAGAUUUAUCGUUAAGUAAAAGAUUACGCUUGAAGCCAGGCGAGGUGAUAGACUCACUGCCACUCGUGUUACUCCGUAAGUACAUUGCGUACGCGCGGCGUUACGUGCACCCAACACUCAGUGCUGAAGCGGCCGACACGCUGCAGGACUUCUACCUCGACUUGAGGCACAACCUGCAAAGCAACAGCAACGACGGCACACCGGUCACCACACGACAACUUGAAGCUAGCAUACGUCUCACACAGGCUCGAGCAAGAGCUGAACUCCGUGAGGUGGCGACUGCUAAAGACGCAAAUGACGUCAUCAGUUUAAUAAAACACAGCUUGGUUGAUACAUUUAGCGAUGAUUUCGGUAACAUAGAACUGUCGAGGUCCAUAAAUGGCUCCGGGAUCAGUUCUAGAAGUAAAUUGAAGAAAUUCCUAGACGUAUUAACAAAACGAUCUCAUCAGUUGGGUAAAGAUCUAUUUACGAGAAAGGAGAUGAUCGAGAUACAUAAAGCUGCAGGCAUUCCCGGAGAUGCUGGAGACCUUAUAGAAGCCAUGCACAUACAUUCAUAUCUACUGCUCAAAGCCUCCAAUACUUACCAAUUGAUCACUUUGUAAUACAACUGCCGCUAUCAAACUCGUUAAUUGGUUACUUAGGAGACCCUUAGUGUAGAUUUAUCAUAUUAAAUC